GGAUCUCGGUGUCUCCCGUGGCCCCCCCGCUCCACCUCCAGUGCCGCCGUUGUUACGCCCGUUCGCCCACGUCCCCGGCGUCCCUCGCAACCCUGCCAUGGCUCCCUCUCUGGCGACCGCCUUCUCCCGCCGGUGGUGGAUGGCAGUAACGGCGGUGAUCGAGAACCUGCUGUUUUCCGCCGUCCUGCUGGGCUGGGGCUCCCUGCUUAUCAUGCUAAAGUCCGAGGGCUUCUACUCCUACCUGUGCACGGAGUCAGCGAACAGCUCAGUCCUGAACCACACGCAGCCUGCCCGGGCGCCAGCGGAUGAAGACUACCCGGACUACUACGAGUCCGCCACGGACAACCAGCCCGCCGACGACCUCCUCCGCAUGAACGGCUGGGUCAUCUGCAAGGAACAGGACGAGAUGCUGAACCUGGCCUUCACCAUGGGCUCCUUCCUGCUCAGCGCCAUCACGCUGCCCCUCGGCAUCGUCAUGGACAAGUAUGGCCCGCGCAAGCUGAGGCUGCUCGGCAGUGCCUGCUUUGGCCUGUCUUGCCUGCUGAUUGCCUAUGGAGCCAGUAACCCUGACGAGCUGUCCGUCCUCAUCUUCAUCGCUCUGGCUCUCAAUGGCUUUGGAGGCAUGUGCCUGACCUUCACAUCUCUGACGCUGCCCAACAUGUUUGGCGAUCUUCGCUCCACCUUCAUCGCUCUUAUGAUCGGGUCCUACGCCUCCUCCGCCGUCACCUUCCCUGGCAUCAAGGUGAUCUAUGACCUGGGCGUGACCUUCAUCACCAUCCUGCUGGUGUGGGCGGGCGGUGCCGGCCUUGUCUACAUCAACUGCUUCUUCAACUGGCCGCUGGAGCCCUUCCCCGGGCCAGAGGACAUGGACUACACUGUGAAGAUCAAGUUCAGCUGGCUAGGCUUCGACCACAAGAUCACGGGCAAGCAGUUCUACCGGCAGGUGACCACCGUGGGGCGCCGUCUGAGCGCGGGCAACUCCAUCAAGCACAAGGAGCUGACGUCGCAGGAGGGCCACAAGCUCUGCCUCUCCACUAUGGACCUGGAGGUCAAGUGCAAGUCCGAGGAGGAGUCUCCGUCCUUCAUGCAAAGCCUCCUAAGUCCCAUCUUCAUCCUCUGUUUGGUCACCAUGUCAAUCACCCAGCUCCGCCUCAUCUUCUACAUGGGAGCCAUGAACAACAUUCUGGAGUCCCUGUCAGACGGAGACCUCAACACAGUGAGUCUGUACUCCUCCAUCUUCGGUGUGCUGCAGCUCCUGUGUCUGAUGACCACGCCCGUCAUCGGCUGCAUCAUGGAUUGGAAACUGAAGGACUGUGAAGAUGCGGAUUCAGACGAGAAGGAGGCCAGCAAGGAUCAGCCGCAACCAAAGCGCCGUGACCGACAAAUCCAGAAGGUGACCAAUGCCACGCGGGCCUUCUUCAUCACCAACCUGCUGCUGGUCGCUUUCGGAGUCACCUGCCUGGUGUCCAACCUUCCUCUUCAGAUUCUGUCCUUCGUGCUGCACACGGUCGUACGAGGGUUCAUCCACUCCGCCGCAGGCGGGCUAUACGCCGCAGUGUAUCCCUCGUCGCAGUUCGGCAGUCUGACGGGGAUGCACUCGCUGGUCAGCGCUCUUUUCGCCCUGCUUCAGCAGCCCCUGUUCAUGGCCAUGAUGGGCCCUCUGGAGGGAGAUCCUCUCUGGGUGAACGUGGGUCUGCUGGUUCUCAGCAUUCUGGGAUUCUGCCUGCCCCUCUACCUGCUGUGUUUCCGCCAGCAGCUGAUCCGCAAGAAGCAGGAGCGUGACGAAGAUGCCAAGAUCUACCUGAAGAUCAACGGGAGCAGCAAACACGAGGCCUUUGUUUAGGGAGAGAGACAGGGGGUGAGAGGGAGAGGGAGACGGGAAGAAGACUUAAAGUAACUGCAGAGUGACUUUAUGUCCCUUCCUUCCCUUCCCACGGUACUUGUGUUCAGAAGAUACUCUCACGCGUUUAACGACACCGAUUCUUGGCCUUACCCACCUCUGCGCAAGAUGGACAACACAUUCAUUGUCGCCUCGCACAGAAUGACACGUACGCCCGACACAACUGUGACACGAAAUGUGAUGUUCAACGCACACACAUGUGCACGCACACGCACACACACACACACACACACACAUACAUACACACACACACA